UUUUCCGGCCGGCAUUGUGCGCAUGUCAGAUCUGAUCUGUCACGCGUUAGCAGUGAAAUCACAGUGAAAUACACCUGUCGUACACGUGUUCAAGAAACGUGUUGUGCUAAGAAAUAUUACAUACCACAGAUUAUCAAAAUGAACGUAUCCAAAAAUGAUCAUUCACGACAAAAAUUAUUGUACACAAUCGUCGAGUUUACUGAUGGAAUAGAAAUGGUGCCAACCAUAUGGUUGUCGGAUGAUAAGAAAUCGUGCAUAUGGCCACCUACUAAAGAUCAAAUUCGCAUCAACAAGACCAUUGCAAAUUUGGAGGUAUCACGAAACGAAGAUGAAUGGCCAGUAUGCGAAAUAUUAAAAAUAUUUGGCACUGCACAAUCGUACAAAACGGGAAAAGAAAAAUUGAAGAUGGCGGAACAAAUAUCAGAUAUCGACAGUGCAUCGGGAACUGAGUACGCGGAUUGCCUACGAAAGUCAAGGCACAGUUGAGUCGCUAAAGCAGAACAUUCAUCCGA